GAGAACCGCUGCUAUCUAAGAAUGGAGCACGCUUCCCUGAGGGUGAACGUUAACUCUCUGUUAACCCCAUCCUGCAUUUCCACACCAAGGAUCAUAUCCUAGAAUGUCCCUACCACUGACUGCAUGAGCCAGCCCUGUGUCCUGCCUGACCCUGGUGGUCUGACCCUAUACCUUGCCUCCUAUAGCUUGACUGUGACUUAUUAGUUAGGGGGUGGGGUGGGGGGACAGAGGAGGGAGGAGACAGCCUCUCUCCUCCACCUCUCCCAGGGCUGACUGCUCUCAGCUGGCAGCUCUGACAUGUGCUGUUUCCCACCCCAACCCCUUGGCUCCCCACAAGCGGCAGUGGAACUGGAGGCUGGGAGAGGAGGCUGAGGUACACCUGGAACUUGGGAACACUGAUUCGUGUCCCUAGGCCUGGCCCUCCUUGUACACAUAUCUACAUGGUGGCACAUACAGUGACUGUUAGCUGACCCACAAAUAUACUCUCCAGUAUCUACUGGUAUAAUGUAUAACAUACAUGCCUACACACACACACACACACACACACACACACACACAUAAAUGAGCAAACGCUCUCUGGGGCCAGGAAUGCUCCCCUCCUCCAUCCCCCCCUGCCUCCCAUCUGGCGUUCCGCUCCUCCCUCCCAGCCCAAGGUGGGGACAGACACCUGAGGGGCUGCCAGCUGUUAUCUCUACCAGGCCAGGCCCACCCUCAUGCUUCUUGUCCACAGGGGACUCGUGGGGGAUGCUAGCUUGCCUGUGCACCGUGCUCUGGCAUCUCCCUGCAGUGCCAGCCCUCAAUCGCACAGGGGACCCAGGGCCUGGUCCCUCCAUCCAGAAAACCUAUGACCUCACCCGCUACCUGGAGCACCAACUCCGCAGCUUGGCUGGGACCUAUCUGAACUACCUGGGCCCCCCUUUCAACGAGCCUGACUUCAACCCACCUCGGCUGGGGGCAGAGACUCUACCCAGGGCCACUGUCAACUUGGAAGUUUGGCGAAGCCUCAAUGACAAACUGCGGCUGACCCAGAACUACGAGGCCUAUAGCCACCUCCUGUGCCACUUGCGUGGCCUCAACCGCCAGGCUGCUGCAGCUGAGCUGCGCCGAAGCCUGGCCCACUUCUGUACCAGCCUCCAGGGCCUGCUGGGCAGCAUUGCGGGUGUCAUGGCAGCUCUGGGCUACCCGCUGCCCCAGCCUCUGCCCGGGACUGAGCCCACCUGGGCCCCUGGCCCUGCCCACAGUGAUUUCCUCCAAAAGAUGGAUGACUUCUGGCUGCUGAAGGAGCUGCAGACCUGGCUUUGGCGCUCAGCUAAGGACUUCAACCGGCUCAAGAAGAAGAUGCAACCUCCAGCAGCUGCUGUCACCCUGCACCUGGGGACCCAUGGCUUCUGAUCUUUGACCUUUACCACCUCCUCUUUCCCCUCCCCUCUCCAACCCUGCUCCCACUCUGGGAGGGAGAAACCUGUGUGCCAACACUUGUUGAGCCAGGAGACAGAAGCUGUGAGCCUCUGGCCCUUCCCAGACUUGGAAGAGGGCAUGAUGCAAUAAGACCCAUCCCCUCCCUACUUCCCAAAGUGCUGCAGGUCUGGAGAAGAGGUGCAAUAGGCCCCCUCCCAUUUCUACAGGAAGUAAUGCUCAAGGGAGCCCGAAUUGGUUCGGGUCGGUGUAAAGCUCUCACAGCCUCCUGCUUCCUGCCAACCACUUGCCAGUGCCCAACCAGCCCCUUAAGCGGCACUUGCAGGAAGCAUGCCUGUAGGGCAGGGAGGGGGCCACCGCAGCAUGUGCCUUUCUGGGGUGAAGCCCUUCGCUGCCUCACUCUCCUUAGAUGGGUGUUGCUCCCCUACCCCAAUUAACUCCAUACAUUCAAUUCAGGAAACAAGCACAGUGGCAAGUCCAAACAGGAAGAGAUGGUAUUAAAAAUGGAAGAGGUGAGGUCUGCGUUGGAGGUAAUACUGAAAGCAGAGGGGCAGGCACAGACUGGACCCUGGGGUCACCAAGGCACUUGUGGCACAGGGUGGCAACCAAAGGACCUUGUCUUGAAUUUUCUUGCCAGCAUCGUGGUGCCUCCUCUCUGCCCCCUUUUCCAGGGUAUCUGUGGGUUGCCCAGCCUGGGGAGGGCAACCAUAGCCACAGCCACAGGAUUUCCUGAAAGUUUACAUUGCAGUAGCAUUUAGGGGUGUAUGGGGCAGCUCCCCCAGGCCCUGCACCCCAGCCCCAACCACUCAUGACUCUGUUUGUUGUAUUAAUAUUUAUUUAUUUGGAGAUGUUAUUUAUUAGAUUAUAUUUAUUGCAAAUUUUCUAUUCUUGUAUUAACAAAUAAAAUGCUUGCCCCAGAAGCAUCUCUGCUUG